AUGCGUUUAAAGUGGGUGGAACUUCGGGGUUUCAAGGGGUAUAAUGAACUAACAAGAACGGAGUUCCAUAGUCGCAUCAACUGCAUCGUUGGUCUGAAUGGAUCUGGCAAGAGUACCAUUGUGGAUGCAAUAUCGCUAAUUCUAUCUGAAGCCAGUAGUACGGGCAAACGACACGCCGAGGCGAAGAGCAUUCUGCAUAAAGGACCCAAGUACCAGGCUGUCGUUGGCCAUGUAGAAUUGUGUUUCGAGAACCUGGAUAGAAAGUUGCCGACCGUUCGUUCGGAUGAGGUUUGCUUUAAGCGGAUUUUCUCGCUCUCGAGUAAGUCCCAAGACGUAUACUACCUGGAUGGCAAAAAGUGUACGAAGGGUCAGUUCACGAGCCUGCUAAUGGCCGCAGGGUUUUCUCGUAACAAUCCGUACUACAUAAUCCGACAGGGUAGAAUCGUCGAGAUGGCCACGAUGAGUGAGGAGUCCAGGCUCAGGCUCGUGAAAAAUCUCAGCGGCAUAGGAGUGUACGAAGAGAAGCGGAAUGAGGCAUUGACAGAGCUCUCUAACCUCAAGUUGAAGAUGCGCGAGCUAAACUUCGAACUCAUCGACAAGAAGCUGGGCAACCUGCUGGAGCAAAGAGAAAGCCUUAAGCGCAAGGAGAAAAUGAACAAGGACCUCGACUGUCUACAGUUACUAGUCAAGAUGUAUAGGAUGUUCAAGAAAACCAAUUUUUCCACAAGAGCACAAGGGGAAAGAAGGGGCUACGGGGGCGAGGGGGGGGGAGGGACAAGAGAGGGGUCUACUAUCGCACCGCCGCCUGGCGACAUACAAUCUACGAUGCAAAAUGGUGUACAAAUAACGAGUGACUUUGGCCAACCGAGUAAAAGGGGUCAGCGAGAGGGCGACAUGACCACCGUUGAGGGCGACAUGACCACUGGUGAGAACGACAUGACCACUGGUGAGGACGACAUGACCACUGGUGAGAUGAAAGGAGGCGGCUACAUUUUCGACUCUGAUCUAGUGUGUAUUCCAGCGGAGAAGUUGCAGAGCAAGCUCGACGGUUUGGAAGAAUCCCGCCGCGUUUUAUCAGACCAGCUAGAAGAAGGUGUAGACGUAGAGAACGAGUUGGAUGACUUGCGGAUUGUGCUGGCUGGGAAAACCGUUGAGGCAGACCGUAUUCGAGUAGACCCCGGACAGCUGCAGUUGAAGAAGAAGCGAUUGUUGGAGAAGGGUUUAAGGAAAGAGACAUUGGUAAAGCAAAUGGAGAAGCAGCGACGGUUGUCGGAACGUCUGUCGAAGGUGUUGGAACCGCAGAGGGCAGAGUUGACGAAACAAUUGCGUGAGGUCGAGGCCCAGGAGUUCUCUGUCAGAACGGCUUUAGACCGUUGCGAAAUAAAGCGAGAUCAAUACAAGAGGCUUACUGGUUCCAAAGAACGUGAAAAUGACAUACGAGACAACAUUAUUCCUAGUCAUGAAGAACAUAUUCGUCAGUGGAGUGCUCGUCAAAAGAGCUUGCAAGGGGAAAGGAGCGAGCUCAUGAAAUUGGUUCAUCAGAGCCAUAGUAGUAGCAAUGACCUUCAUCAGUCUGCUAUGAAAUGCAAAGAAGAACUGCAUCAACUCAAAUUGGAUCUUACGCAACUUAGUCACACUGAUAACUUCAGUGGGUCCAAUACUUAUGAUCUUGUAGAAAAGCAGUAUGAGAAGAUAUACAAACUCUAUCGCCCAGGUGUCCAAAAAGCGUAUGGUGUUCUAGUUAGGAAUGCCCGAUGCACCGCUGGUGAGUUCCUCAGGCAGUGUUAUGAUAAUACAACCAAGUGGCUAUACCAUCCUGAUUCCUAUGAAAUGCGUCCCGCCAUUCCGGAUCUACUCGGGCCGUUAUGGAUGCUGAUAGAGCCGACUCAUAAGCAAUUCCAAGUAGCGCUUUGCGCUGCUUUGAACAAUCAGCUCGAUACCCUGAUUGUCAAGAAUGACUCUGUUGCCAGCCAACUGAGCAGGGUGCUUAAACAUAGUGGAAUAAAUACAAAUCUAACUUUGACUCCAUAUGAACAGAUGAAGGAGCGUUAUCAGAACCAACCUAUCUCAUUCGACCGGAGGCUUGUUGGCGGAAUCAGUCCUAGUGGCGAGAUCGAAAAGCUAACGGACUUCGGCGAUUAUGAUGCCAUACCUUUGCUAUCCUGUAUGCUACCCCCUGGAACCCAGGAAGGACUGGAAGGAGCCGACACCGGACAGCAAGCGUCAGUAAGCAUGGAACUUGACUGCCUCUACAAGCAAGUCGCCUCACGUUAUCUUAUUGUUAAAGAUGCUGCCACGGGGAGGAAGCUGGCUAAUUCUUACGACUGCGUUACGCUAGAUGGGAUCCUGAUAUCUCGAAAGGGAACUGUAACCGGCGGAUACCGGUCAAACGUCGUUAACGUCAUGGAAUUCGGAUCCAGAAUACGACAGCAUUGCUUCGAGAUCAUUCAAAGCCAAAAAAAUGACGAUCGCAAACGUGUGCUGCAAAAAGAAAUUGCACGCGCACAAAGUGCGCUGGAUGAAAUUUCGGUAAAGCAGAAAGAGUCCGAUACCAUCGAGGCCAAAAAGAAAAAGCAACAGAAUAGAUUAGAUCUAAUCGAAGAGGAAUUAAAAGAUUUGGCGGCCAAUAUAUCUCAAUCAGAGAUUACAAUUAAAUCAUUUCAGGAGCUGUUGGUGGAGAUGAAGAGUGGCGACGGGAGUAUGGCAAGCGAGCAAGAGCUGAGCGAGCAGUUGGCUCGAGUAGAACAAUUAGAGAGGGAGAGUAAAGAACUCUAUUCCCAAAAAUUGCGAAUUCAAGAUGAGUUGGCAGAUGUCAAUUCAUCGAUAGCUAGUCUAAGGGCUUCGGUGGCGGGAGCUUCUUCAAUUGGCGGUGCAUCCUCCGUCACGGCGUCGGGCAAAGCUGUGGACCUGGCGGAGGAUCUUCGGCAGGCUGAAGAUGCGUACCAAGAUGCUCUGCGGGAGUAUGCAACCGAAGAAACGGCGGUGAAAGCUUUGGAGUGUACGAAAGAGCGGCUAACGAAAGAAAUUCAGGAACUUCGAGAACAGAUAGUUAGUAUAGAAAAUGCUCAUGACACAGCAGUCAAGAAGCGUCAAGGUAUUAGCAGAGAGUACGACCUGGUAUUGUUGCAAGCAGAAAAUAUUCAAUCUGAACUAAAGAAGACUUUGGAAUCUGCUCAGAACCUGAUGCAGGAAAAAAGGUCUCUCCUAUCAAACCCGGACAUUCGAAAGAACUUUGAAGAGUUGGAGAGGACCAUUGAGACCACAUUCCCCGCGCCAGGCAGAGUACAUCCCCCGCAGUCGGAGCUGCAAGGUAACGCAAGGGAACGGAAGCAAGGAAACCAACGGCGUUCGAACAAGGAUUCAAAAGCCAAACAGUCAGUGACCAAGCAGUUACCCGCCAAGAGGCUGAGAAAUGACAUGUCGCCUGAUAAUAGUGAGGACGUCUCGGCUGAUGAGAAUGACCGCCAGGUCAGUAGACGGCCGGAAGGCGACGCGGAGGAACAGCACCAAGCGGCGGUGCAUAAGUGGUUGGUGAUCGAGCAGCGCCGAAUCGAAAAAGAAAUCGAUUCCAUGGGUCAGUUAAAUGACCAGGCGGUCAGUGACCUUGAGCUCUACAUUACAGACUACAAGGAGACCAGUGAGAGAAAGCAGGCGCUGGUCGAUAGCAUGCAGAAGCUGGAGAAGCUAAUUGACACCUUGAACCGGCGUCGACUCGACAUACUGACCACUUGCUUCCACAAGGUGAACCAGAAUCUGGGCGAAAUCUUUAAAGCAAUUGUUCCCGCAGGGUUUGCGGAACUACAUUUGGUUACUGCAGCUCCAGGGACUGACCCGUCAGAACUCCUGAUGCUGGAAGAUGGUGACAGCCCACAACAUGAGGAAAGGUCUGGACAACCCUAUCAUUCCUCUGAAACCUUCAAUGCCGGGCGGGCUGGUGUGGACGGACAAAGUGUUGAGUCGCCAGACCAAGUGGUGGGCUUGCAGAUCAAGGCCUCCUUCCAACCCGCUGUGGAACCCUUGCCUCUAGUGAGCUUGAGUGGCGGACAGAAAACGAUUGUUGCCCUCUGUCUAGUCAUGGCACUGCAGCGAUACGAACCCGCACCUUUAUAUAUUCUGGAUGAAGCAGACGCAGCCCUGGACCAAACCUUCAGGAAAAACGUCGCAGAAAUGUUGAAGGCGAGUGGUAGCCAAUACAUCAUUACAACGUUCAGGCCUGAGUUGGCGGAGAUCGCAGACAAGCACUUUCUGGUGACCAACCACGACCGAGUGGCGUACAUAAACGAGUGCACCGCGGCUGCGGCUCUAGAAGUCAUCAAGAGUGAAAAGGAGGAGGGUCUUUAA